GCGCACGCGCCGGGCGCGCGGGCGGCGGCGGAGCCAUGGCCUCCUUCCGCCUCGCUCUUAUCCAGCUUCAUGUAUCUGCUGUUAAAUCAGAAAAUCUCCAACGAGCCUGUGGGCUGGUGAGGGAAGCAUCAGCUAAAGGAGCAAAACUUGUGGCUCUACCUGAAUGCUUUAAUUCUCCAUAUGGAACCCAGUACUUUAAGGAGUAUGCAGAGAAGAUCCCUGGGGAAUCAACACAAAAGCUGUCAGCAGUUGCAAAGGAGUGCAGCAUAUAUCUCAUUGGAGGAUCCAUUCCAGAAGAGGAUGGUGGAAAGCUCUAUAAUACAUGUACUGUCUUUGGGCCUGAUGGUGCUCUGCUGGCAAAGCAUAGGAAGGUUCAUUUGUUUGACAUUAAUGUUCCUGGGAAGAUACAGUUCAAAGAGUCUGAAACACUGAGUCCAGGGAAUAGUUUCUCCAUGUUUGACACACCAUACUGCAAAGUGGGCCUGGGCAUCUGCUAUGAUAUGAGAUUUGCCGAGAUGGCUCAAAUCUACGGCCAGAAAGGCUGCCAGCUGCUGAUAUAUCCAGGGGCUUUUAACAUGACAACAGGACCAGCUCAUUGGGAACUCUUACAAAGGGGACGAGCUGUUGAUAAUCAACUCUACGUAGCUACUGUAUCUCCUGCUAGAGAUGAAAAAGCAUCCUAUGUUGCCUGGGGACACAGCACUGUAGUAAAUCCAUGGGGUGAAGUCAUAGCCAAAGCUGGGGCUGAGGAAACAGUUGUAUACACAGAUAUAGAUCUAAAGAAACUUGCAGAAAUACGUCAGCAGAUUCCUAUUUUAAGCCAAAAACGUUGUGAUCUCUAUGGUGUCGAGAUGAAAAAGUGAAGCUGGGUGAAGAGGGAAGGUUCAGCUGUCACAAUGGCUGUUGCCUUCAUCUUUGGAAGGACUUCCUUAGUAGUUGCUCAACAAUUUACUACCUAAUGUGCCAGUUAAGAAAACACCACCUAACAAAAAACUUGGUGCAAUUCUAGUAUGAUUGAACUAUAACUUUUGUAUCUCCUCUCAUACUUCAAUAUUUCAUAGUAUUUUACAGGUAGGAUAAAGAUGGAGAUGAAAACAGUUCAAUACAGCAGUGAUUAACGUUGAUUUUUAGUCAUCAUAAUGUUUUAGUUACCUUCUGAGGCCUGUUUUGUAGAACACAGAAAUGGAAAUCUUGUUUUCUGAAACUCUCAAGUCAGCUUUGGUAUUAUGAAUUUUUCAGUGAAUUGUCAGAAAAUCUAGAAGCAUGAUUCUUCUCAUUCUGUCCUUUUUAGAUGUACAUGACUUAACCAAGGUCCUUGAAUGCCCUACUUGGGAAGCUUAAAAUUUAACACACUGAGCAAAACAGGCCAAAUUCUGCUCUGCUCUACUCAGGACACUGCAAGAAGCUGCCAGACAGAGCUGCUCCUAUAGAAGAAUCUGUGACAGUUUUUGGUUCAUGUGUUUUGUCUGGAUCUGUGUAUUAAAUUCUCUUUAUGGCAAAUGC